GUGCGCCACCACCACGAGCUCUCGCAACUUUACUUGGCGCCAAAAGCAGAGAGGCUGGCUCGGGGAAAAUGCUUUAAAGGGCGCGCUGCGGCAUUGCCUCGUCUCCCUUUUCUCUUCUCUUUUCUUCUCGCGAUGGCCGUGGUGCAGGCGGCGUCGGUGCUCGGGAGCUUCCCGUUCAGGGCGGCCGUGGUGGCGCUCUGCGUGCUGCUGCUCCCGCUCCUCCCGUCGCCACGGCCACCUGCGGCGGGGGAAGGGGACGGCGGCGGCGGCGGGGGCGGGGGCCAGGCGUUCUUGGCCAAGGUGUGGGAGCUGCUGCACCUGCUCUUCGUCGGAAUCGCCGUGUCGUACGGGCUCUUCAGCCGGAGGAACGACGGUGGGGGGCGCGUGGAGAAGGAUGCAGCCGCGGCGGCCGGGAAGGCGGACGCGAGGUAUGUCUCGCGGAUGUUCCAGGGCGACCUCGUGUUCGACGAUGAUGGCGAGGACGGGGUGCCCGACAGCCCCGCUGGCGGCGGGGCGCGGUCCUGGAGCGCGCUGCACCACCCCGAGGAGCCUGUGGUCAUGGUGGCGGCAGGCGGGGGCGGGCGGAGCCACACCGUGGCCCAGCAGGCGGCACUGUCGCUGCCCGUCCGGGCCCUGAGGCCGCAGGACUCCGGCGCGGCGGGACACGGCAACGGCGAGUCGCGUGCGCAGCCGCGCGCCCACGACACCGUGCUCCCUUCGCCGAUCCCGUGGCGGUCACGGUCCGGGAGGUUCGACGCACCACCGACUCCGAGCAGCCCCUCACCGUCGCCGAAGAGGCUGUCGCCCGCGUCGUCCAUGUCCGAUGAGACACUGGCCAAGGCCAGCGAGGAGCACGCCACCGUCCCCAAGCGGAGGAGCACGUAUAAGUCUUCCAUUUCCUCCCUACCGCCCCCGCCACCUCCGCCACCGCCGCCGUUCCUUGUUCACAGUUACCACCCUGUGGCUGACCGCCGGACCACUGCGGCGAAGAGCUUCAAGGAGGAGCUGCAGGAUCACAGCACGAAAGGCAGAGGAGAUCAGGACCAUUACUCGCAGCAGGGUUCGCAGAGCUUCAACAGUUCUUCGACUUACACCAACUCCUCGCCGGCGACGCCAAGAAGCUCUUUCGACGGCUCCUCCUCGUCGUCAUCGCCGUCAGUCGGUAGAUCAGUGAGAACAAUCAGGCCAAGAGAAGGAAUCCAACCCAAAAUCCAAGAAGUGCCUGACGAAAACGAAGCCGGCAAUGCAGCGGAUAGUUCGCAUGGAUCAGAAGAGCCGUAUGGAUACAGAGAGUACCAAGCCGUCCCAAGGUUCCAGUACGAGAGGAGGAGCAGCGACCCAAUCCUGGGCAUAGUGGCGGUCUCCUCGGACGAGACCGAGAGCAGCGACGACGACGAGGACGGCGUUGGCGCGUACUCGACGAGGACGAACUCGCCGAGGGAGUCGCCGCCGACGCCAGAGGUGGACGAGAACGAGGUGGACAAGAAGGCGGAGGAGUUCAUCGCAAGGUUCAGAGAGCAGAUCAGACUGCAAAGGAUCGCGUCCAUCAAGAAGUCCGCGGGACCCCGCGGCCUGAAGCACGGCAAGUAGCUGGCUCAGCUCGACUCGCUCGUCGCCGGCGAUCAUCCGUCUCCGGCCGGCGAUGGUUUUGCUAAUUAAGCUUUUCGGUGAACUAGUAGCUAAUGUUCAGAGAUAACAUACUGGAGUACAUCGCUAUAGUAUCAAGAACCACCUGUAAACAUUCGUAUAGGUGAUGAAUGGGAGUGUAUUGUGUUCGUGUCAUGAACUCAUGAUCAUGACAUGCUGGUGUUUUUUGGGGGGCCAUUAAGAGAUCGAUGAUCCAUCUCUAGGUUCAUAAUUAGGCUUUCGGCUGAAUUGGUUUGCCCCAGCUGUGACCCUGGAGUGGCACUGUAUCUUUCUUCUCGAACUGACCACCUGUAGUAUUCUCUAUUUGGUCAGUAGUUCAGUUCAGCUCACCUUUACAGCAGCA